GGACCUCGACAGUGAUGAUCAGUCAUGGUCUCCUACCUGCCGUGUCUCUCCCAUUGAGCCUAUCCACAUGGAGCUGCCUAAGCCUGCUGCUCGUACUUCCAAGACAUCUACUCGUCGCAAGACGGCGUCUCAACCGAAGGCUCGCGAGGUUACCGCGACAAGGUGGUCGUCCAGUCCGGAAAUUACACCGCAGGACUACCCCGCCACCAGUGUCUCACCCCCGCCCGCCCCCUCCUCCCCUGCCGCCAACACCACCGCCCGCAAGACCACCCGCAGUCUCUCCAGUGACUCCAACGCCAGCACGGGUCAGGCCCAGACCACCACCGGCCGUAAUGCGGCGAAGCGGGCGGCGCACAACAUCAUCGAAAAGCGGUACCGCACGAACAUGAACGCCAAGUUCGUCGCCCUGGAGAAGGCGAUGUGCGGCGGAGUCCAGAAGCCCACCAAGGGCGGCUCGGCGUCGCUGAAGAAGUCGGAGAUCCUGACCAAUGCCAUCACCUUUAUGCAAGAAUUGCAGGAGGAGAACAAGGCGCUCCAGAAGGAGCUUGCCAUGCUCAAACAAAGCAUGGUCCCGAACGGGAUGUGGCGACAUAGCAAGGGGAGUGAGGCGUUUCACGCAUAAGCCCAGCGGCGAUGCGUUGUUUUGUCUCUGCCCAGAGAUCCCCUUGUAAUGACCGUCACGUGUAUUGUAUAAUAAUUAUGAUUUCCUUUUCUUUUGUUCCUUUACAUCUUACAACAAGAUCUGGGAGUUUGGUUCAUGGCCCUCUCCUGUCGUGGGCGGCGAAUUAUGGGAUGAAUCGGUGUUG